UCCCUUCCUUUGAAUUGAGCCCUCUAAAAAGGACAGGGACCUCCUCGUGAUCCUCAUUGUGUCCACAACCUACCAUUUUAUUCCCCUUUUCCUCUAUCUUCUUCUUAAUUCUCUCUUCUUCUCCAAACCCUAGUUUUCACAAUCCUUCAGAAUCAUUAAAUAUUUCUGAAGAAACAUUUAGCAUAUACAUAUAUCAUCUGAAACUUUAAGCCACCACAAAUUCUUCUUGAUUCCUUGAUCAUUUUCUUAUAACUUAUAAAUAUUCUUCUUAUAAAUAUAGCUAGAGAGUAUAUAGGCUAAAUAUAUAUGGCUUCCUCAUCAGAACUAAGCUUGGAUUGCAAGCCGCAAAGCUACUCUAUGCUUUUGAAAUCCUUUGGAGAUAACUUUCAGAGCAAUCAAACCACGCAAAAGCUCGAAGAUCUUCUUUCUCGCCUCGACCAAGAACGUCUUAAGAUCGAUGCCUUCAAGCGUGAACUCCCCCUUUGCAUGCAACUGCUUAACAAUGCUGUCGAAGUUUACAAACAACAACUAGAAGCAUAUCGAGCAAAUAGUAAUAACAAUAACCAAAGUGUACCCACAAGACCAGUUCUUGAAGAGUUCAUACCCUUAAGGAACCAACCCGAAAAACCUAAUAUCAAAGGAAAUAAUUGGAUGACGACCGCUCAGCUUUGGAGCGAAUCCGAAACCAAACCAAAAAACAUUGAUUCAACUGCUGAUCAAUCUCUUCACAAAGACGAGAUUGCUAGUAGUCCAAAACGUGGUCAUUUCGACGCGAAACAAAGAAAUGGAAACGGCGCUUUUCUUCCCUUCUCUAAGGAACAUUCUUUGCCUGAAUUAGCUCUAUCUACGCUGGUAAAGAGGGUCUCCCCAACCAGCGAACAUACUAAUGGCCGUGACGGUAAUGAUGAGAGCAUGAUCAACAAUGAUACUAACAAUAAUAAUAACAAUUCAAACAACAAUGGAGUUUCUUCUACAACGAGUCAAAGUAAUAGAAAGGCACGACGUUGCUGGUCGCCCGACUUGCACCGAAGAUUUGUCCAAGCUCUUCAAAUGCUUGGUGGGUCGCAAGUGGCUACACCAAAACAGAUAAGGGAACUUAUGAAAGUUGAUGGUUUGACCAACGAUGAAGUCAAAAGCCAUCUCCAGAAGUAUCGGCUUCACACUAGAAGACCAAGCCCAAGCCCACAAACGUCGGGUGGACCAGGUCCUCAUUUGGUCGUCUUAGGUGGCAUAUGGGUCCCACCGGAGUACACCACCGCACACGGUGGCACUCCGACUCUCUACCACCACCAAGUCCAUCACCAUCACACCAGCACGGCGGGGCCGCCUCCACCACACUUUUGCUCAUCCCAAGAAUUCUACACAACUCCACCGCCUCCGCAGUCACUCCACCACCACCACUUUCAAACGUUCAACGGCUCAUCCGGUGCCGCCUCCACCGACUCAACUCAUCAUCAGUUAACGGAUAGUGCCGCAGAUGAAGAGAAGUCGCCGGAGAGUGGUGGUGGAGAGAAAAAAGGGUUGGCUGCUCUUAGGGAAGAAGGUGAAGACCACCAAAGCAAUGUUAAUGGAAGUGAAAUAACUCUAAAAUUCUAAAAAACAAAUUCGUGAUCGUUAAUUAAUUAGAGGAAUGAGAUCCUAGCUAGGGUUAGGGUUUGUGCCUUUGUGGGUGGCUACGUAACUUAUUAUAUUGCUUGUAUCUCUCUCUAUAUACUUCUCAUCGGUAGAAAAAACGAAGCGUAGGAGACAGCGAGUGUUUUUCUCGAAUAUUGUUAAUUAUUAUAA